CUUGUGUCGCUGCAGUGCAGUCUAUUCCCAACAGUUGAUGGGUUCUCUACCUGACAAUAUUAUUUUCAAAAUUAAACCUGGAAAAUAAGGCUUACAGAUCUCAAUCUCUAAACCUAAUCUGUGAUAGUUAGACCCAUAGGUCAGUUAGAGUUGUCGAAAGGUCUUAAAAACUGAAAAUGUGAAUGUGGCUGAUUGUGUAGAUUGCUGAUAGAUAGAUAUCUUGUUCUGUAUAUAUAUACAUCCGUAUAUAGAUAUAGAACACACAUAUAAGCUUUGUAAUGGUGGUCCGUGUACCGGAGCACGGCUCCAGGGCGGUGGAGAUGGAGGAGGGGAUAGAUGGAAUGGAAUCUCCUCUUGAUGUCUUAUCUCGAGCCGCAACUAUGGUCGAAGCUGUCAAUACAUCGUCGGCUAGAACGCCGGGCAGAGUGCUAGAGACCUCAACAACUAGCACGCCGGGCAGAGAAGAUACAGAAAACUCACCUCCGUCACAGGUGACCGCCCGUCGAAGCAGUUCCUUUAAGGAGGUUCAUCCUAAGUUUCGUAAACACUCUGCCCCUGAAUACCUGGCCCAGGCGGAUACAGUCAGAUCUAUUAAACUCAGCAGACAAAGCUCACUAUCGAGUUCAAUCUCGUCUAGCUCAUCACAACAUUGUUCCUCUAGUCAUACCACCAUAUCAGAGUAUUCGUCCAACCUGGCCGAUUCAUCAUUAAUAUCAAAUUCAUCAUUGGACGAUUCUAGUCCAAUGGACGACACACCUUUAGAUUUUUCCCUAAAGAAACGCAGUUCCCCCUCUCCUCCGCCCCCCUACCGGUAUUCAAAUCCUCUCCGCCAACAUUCUCCGCAAGAGCACCCGCCGUUUCUCCGCCUCGACUUCAUCAGAGCACAGCUCCGCCAUAUGUUUUCCCGGUGUUCAACCCUCCGCCAUAUCCUAGAAGCCCCUCUCCGCCAUCUCCCGCCGCCCGCCCGCCACCGCCCAGCUACGAGGCAGCUAUGGCAGCUAAGCCCAAGUCGCCGACGAUAUGCCGGCAAAUCCCAACUACCAAUCCAACCUUUCUUACACUCAGCUCCCGACCUAUACCCUCCACCUUCCCCCUAUCUCCGCCCCUACAGAUAAAGCAGGAGGGGGGUCUCCGCCCCCUGGUUCAACCUGUACCCCUGGUCCCUUCUUAUCUUCAUGAGGAUCUUGGAUCAGAGAAUAAGGAG